CAGACGAACGCGCAGGCGAUAUCAACCGUGUUGUGCACGUCGCUACCUCAGCAACCUCCCCUCCGUUCGUAGUCUCAGCUAGUCACAUAUAGACCUACUAUCACUUGGAGGACCAUGGACGACCAUUUCCAGCGCAUGUUGGAGCCCUCAAGCGAUGACAUAGACGAGGAAACAAUCAAGCGGAUCCUCCAAGUGGCGGACAAGCAGCAGGACGUGGUCGAGCUAGACCUACCCGGCGUGAAGAAAUUGUUCUUGGGCCUGGAAAGGCGGAUUCAGGCAAAUCUAUUGAAGCGCGUCAAGUUCGCCGACGAGCCCGCGAAAUUCCUGGAGUCCGAGCUGGAGCUCUAUGAGGAGAUCGGGCAGUUCAAGGCGGUUGCCGCCGCCCCCUCCCUGUACCCCGAGCUGGUAAAGCUGGACGUGGCAAACACGCUGCUGGGGCUGGUCACGCACGAAAAUACCGACAUCAGUAUCAGCAUGCUGGGCUGCCUGGCCGAGAUGACAGACCCGGACGUGGUCCUGGAGGCGGAGAAGGAGGCCGGGACCCUGCUGGACGCCCUGGUGGAGAAGAAUGGGCUGGAGUUGGUGGUGCAGAACCUGAAGCGCCUGGACGAAAGCAGGGAGGAGGACGUGAGGGGCGUGAACUACACGCUGCAGCUCAUCGAGAACCUGGUUACUGUCCGCCCCUCCCUCGCCCCCUUGAUCUGCGAGAAGACAUCUUUCCUGCGUGUGCUCCUCACGCGCGUCAAGGCCAAGCGGUUCGACGACGUCAAGGCCUACUGCGCGGAGCUCCUCUCCAUUCUGCUGGCUGCAGACACGGAGAAUCAGAGGCGCCUGGGUCAGCUGGCUGACAUCAACGGCAUGGAUACGCUGCUGCAAGCGAUUGCCUACUACCGUCGGCGGGACGCGUCCUGUCCCGAAGAGAAGGAGUGCAUUGAGAACCUCUUCGACGCCCUUUGCUCGUGCCUGCUGCUGCCCGAGAAUCAAGCGCGCUUUCGGCAGAGCGAAGGCCUUGACCUGCUGCUUCGCUGUAUUAGGGAGAAGAAGGGAGGCUUCUUGGGCGCGCUCAAGGCGCUGGACUCGGCCUGUCUAAACUCGGUCCCCAACUGCGAAAAGUUGAUCGAACUAGGGGGGCUCAAGACGCUCUUUCCCCUCUAUAUGGGCCGCGGCUGGGGCGUGGCCCUGAAAGGCAAGCGGCCGGGAGAGAGGGAGGCGUUGACCGAGCAGGUUCAUGGAGGAGGCGAGGGAGGGAAGGAGGGGUUGAGGAAGCACGAGGUGGAGGAGGCGCGCCUGUUGGGCAAAUUUGUGGAAGGGGGCGGUGAGAAGGUGGAUCGCGCUGUCGAGCUCUUCAUCAAGUACCAGGAGAAGGUGAGACGCGCCCGCCUGCGCCUGAAUGACGAAGGAGCGGGCGACUGGGAGGAGGGGCUGGGGGAGCAGGGGGAGACCGCGGAGGAGAAGGGGGAGCGGCGAAUGGCGCGGCUGAUGGACGCGGGCCUGUUCAUGUUGCAGCGUGUGGCUGUGAUCCUCGGAUUUGUAUACAGCCGGGACGCUUGA